CUGUCUUUUCAGCACUGGUCCCUGUCCAUCCGAAUCCGGAUUCAAGGCUCCAAUAGUUCCCUAUAACAAGCGGAGGGAGCUCUUUCCAUUCCCCCCCCCCCAACUAGCAUAGAAACACGGGUUCCACGCACGUGCCUACAGGUGCAAGAAUACAAACGUGGGGGGGGGGGCUGCAAGAGCCCCAUGGCAGCUCCUCUUGUCUUCUGGGUGUCCCCGUUGGGCUGUUCGGUCACGGCCUUGACUCUCCUUCACCGUCACCUGUUCAAGUUCACCUCCCUCCUUACUGGGAAACACCUGGAUUAAAGCAAGGGCAGGACCCAGAGAGCCCAUUUCCUACUGCCUCUACCCCCCCUUGCUUGCAUGGGGGCAGAUCGGCUCUUGUCCUUCUGCCCUACAGGUGGGGCCCCAGUCCCAGGAAACCGGCGGCCCAGAUUCCAAGCGGAACAUAAUUACAGGGUGCCAAGAUAAGGCUGGGAAUCAACCUUUGCAUGCCGAACGGGGCCUAAUAAGAUCAUCACACCUCUUGUCAAAUCCGGCGACGGCAUGAUACAGUUACAGCCAGGAGAAAGAGGAGCAGCUAUGGCAGAGAAGACCCUCGAUCCCACCUGUGUCUCCAUUGCCCUGGAGGACUCAGUCUGCAACGCUAGCUCGCAGGAUGGCUCCUUCCUGACCACCCACCUGAAGAAGGUGGAGAACCACAUCACGGAUGCUCAGAGGUUCUCCCAUUUGCCCAAGCGGUCAGCUGUGGACAUCGAGUUCAUCGACCUGUCGUAUUCGGUCCGGGAAGGCUCCUGGUGGCGGAAAAGAGGAUACAAGACCUUGCUGAAAUGCCUCUCUGGGAAAUUUUGCCGCCGGGAACUGAUCGGUAUUAUGGGACCUUCUGGAGCUGGGAAAUCCACGCUGAUGAACCUCUUGGCUGGAUACCGGGAAACGGGCAUGAAAGGCCAAAUUUUUGUGAACGGACAUCCAAGGGAGCUGCGCACUUUCCGUAAGAUGUCGUGCUACAUUAUGCAGGACGACAUGCUGAUGCCUCAUCUCACCGUGAAGGAGGCCAUGAUGGGUUCAGCCAACCUGAAACUGAAUGAGAAGCAAGAAGUGAAGAAGGAGCUGGUGAAUGAGAUCUUGACUGCCUUGGGACUCCUGGAGUGUGCCCACACCCGAACCUCCUCCCUCUCUGGAGGACAAUGCAAGCGACUAGCCAUUGCCCUUGAGUUGGUCAACAAUCCUCCAGUCAUGUUUUUUGAUGAGCCCACCAGCGGACUGGAUAGCACGUCCUGCUUCCAAGUGGUCUCCCUCCUGAAAUCCUUGGCCCAAGGUGGCCGCACCAUCAUCUGCACCAUCCACCAGCCCAGCGCUAAACUCUUUGAAAAGUUUGACAAGCUUUACAUCCUCAGCCAAGGUCAAUGUAUCUUCAAGGGAGCUGUGUGCAACCUCAUCCCUUACCUAAAAGGGCUUGGCUUGCAUUGCCCCACCUACCAUAAUCCAGCUGAUUUCAUCAUUGAGGUGGCCUCAGGGGAGUAUGGCGAUCUCAACCCACUCCUCUUCCAAGCCGUCCAGAAUGGGCUGUGCACCAUGGAGGAGAAGAAGAGCAGUCCAGAGAAGAUGGAUUCCUUGGUGCCAGGACCCUGCGUGGCGGAUUUGGAUCAUAUCGAGAGUCACACGUUUGCUACUAGUACCCUGACUCAAUUUUGCAUCCUUUUCCAGAGGAGUUAUAUAUCCAUCCUAAGAGACACGCUCCUCACCCACCUGAGGUUCAUGUCCCACAUCUGCACGGGGGUGUUGAUCGGCCUUCUCUACCUACACAUCGGCAACGAUGCCACCAAGGUCUUCAACAACACCGGCUUCCUCUUCUUCUCCAUGCUGUUCCUCAUGUUUGCUGCUCUGAUGCCUACAAUUCUGACGUUCCCCCUGGAGAUGUCCGUCUUUCUGCGAGAACAUCUCAACUACUGGUAUAGUCUAAAGGCCUACUUUCUGGCCAAAACUGUAGCAGAUGUUCCUUUCCAGAUCAUCUGCCCCAUCACCUACUGUAGCAUUGUCUACUGGAUGACUGGGCAGCCCCCUGAAGCAAUCCGCUUUCUGCUCUUCUCAGCGUUGGCCACCUCCACCGCCUUGGUGGCCCAAUCUGUGGGUCUCUUCAUCGGAGCAGCGUCCAGCUCCCCACAAGUGGCUACUUUCGUGGGUCCUGUUUCAGCCAUCCCAGUCCUUCUCCUUUCUGGCUUCUUUGUCAGUUUCAAGACCAUUCCUACGUACCUUCGGUGGAGCACCUACGUCUCCUAUGUGAGGUAUGGCUUUGAAGGUGUCAUCCUCACCAUCUACUCCAUGGACCGUGGAAAUCUGGACUGCACAGACAUUGACUGCCCUUUCAAGGAUCCAGCCAAGAUCCUGAAGGAGUUGGACGUGGAAGAAGCCAAACUGUACCUCGACUUCGCAAUCUUAGGGGUUUUCUUUUUCAUCAUCCGCCUCUUGGCUUACCUCACCCUCAAGUACAAGGUGAAAGCGGAAAGAUAAGAAGGGAUCAAGGACCCAGAUCCUGAUGCUGUGGGACAAACACAGACAGCCAGGCAAUGCCCUUCCUACCACUGCCCUCCUGCCCCCAAUGGAACCUCUGCAGGCUACAGGUCAAAGGGGGAGGCGUUGGAGAGCUGGUGACCAUCAACAAUGUGGCCAAAGACUGAUGAAAUAUCUCAGAACUGUUUUAAACUAAAUUCUUCAUGACAAAUAAGGCUCCCUCCCUCCCUCCCUCCCUUCCUUUCCUUCCUAUUACCUUCCUUCCUCUCCUCCCUCUACUUCCCAUUUUCCUUCCUUCCUUCCUUCCUUCCUUCCUUCCUUCCUUCCUUCCUUCCUUCCUUCCUCUCCUCCCUCCCUCCCUCCUUCCUCUUAUCUUCCUUCCUCUUACCUUCCUUCCUCUCCUCCCUUUCUUUCCCAUUUUCCUUCCUUCCUUCCUCUCCUUUCUAUUUCCUUCCGCUCCUUCCUAUUUUCUUCCUUUCCUUUCCUUUCCUUUCCUUUCCUUUCCUUUCCUUUCCUUUCCUUUCCUUUCCUUUCCUUUCCUUUCCUUUCCUUUCCUUUCCUUUCCUUUCCUUUCCUUUCCUCUCCUCUCCUCUCCUCUCCUCUCCUCUCCUCUCGUAUACAUUUCUGGACCGUAUCAUCCAAGCUCUCUUCCCACAGCUGAAUAUCCACCCAAGGAAAUUUCUUUGCCAUACAACGAGUGGUGACAAGGCGGGGUGGGGGGGAGCCCCAGACUGGAGGAGGGGUGUAGCCAGGCAGAGAGGAGGGGAGAUGCUAGAAUUGGUUUCGGCAGGGCCCAGGGGAGGCGCUGGGCUGGGAGGAGGGCGGGGGUGGGAGUGGGGUUUCCUCUGACAAGCACACUUCGUAGCAGCUUUAUUCACCUGGUUUGGUUGUUUUUUUUGACUUGCUUCGCUUGCAGGAACUGUAGCAUGUGGAUGCGUAUUAAGACUUUGGAAGACUUCCUAGGAGGUGUGGGCUGCCUAGGGCUGCACCCCCUAACCCUACAAGUAGCAAUGGGGUGAUUUUCAUAUCUUCCUUUCCUUCCCAGGCCUUCCUCCUUGGCCCCCUUUCCCGGAUGCCUUUUUUCCUGAGCCCUUCACACAAACCCCAAAUAUCUACCCAGCUUCUUUUGCAAGAAGAAGACGCACGGGACUUUUGAGUGGCAUUUGGAAAACUUCCUCCUUUUCUGGGGGCCAGAAACCGGUUCGUGGGUCGAGCUGACAGAUUCUGGGUGGGAGGGAAACAAAGGCAGCUUUGGGUUGCCUAAAAACCUCGUUGCGUUUAUCGGCUGCAAACAAGAGAUGCAGUUCCAGUCCUCGACUUACAACCGUUCCGUUUGGUGACCGUUCAAAGUCCAAAGCGGCAUGGAAAAACGUGACUUUUGACCGUUUUUUUCCCACACUUGCAACCUCUGCGGCAUCCCCACGGCCUCGAGAUCAAAAUCCAGACGCUUGGCCGCUGCCUCAUAGUUACGAGGGUUGCAGCUUUCCCGGGAGGUGGGGGGGGGCCACACGAUCCUUGUUUUGCGACCUUCUGACAAGGGAAUCCAGAUUCACUUUUAACAACCGAGUUACUAAUCUGUCAGCGGCAGCGAUUCCCUCAACGAAGCCGGCCAGAAAAGUCGUAGAAGAGGGCAAAACAAAAGUGACUUAACACACGUCUCGCUGAAGCACAAGAAAUCGGGGCUGUAAGUCGAGGACUUACAGGUGGUGAGAGUUCCCGUCGGAGUCGUAGAGGGCCACCAAAAGCACACUUCCGUUUUGCGCCUGGUGAAUCAAGCGAGGCCGGUUGAUGAAAACUAUUAUUCGAAACCAGUUCGGCCUGAUUAACCAGAAAAAAUUACAGGAGAUAAUUAGAAUGAAGUGGAGCUUUGCCUGGAAUGACAAUUGCUCCAGUUUAACAUUUUCAGUCUGCUGGGAAAAUACUUUGUCUAUGUAUCUAUCUCAGUGGUGAAAUCCAAAUUUUUUAACUACUGGUUCUGUGGGCGUGGCUUGGUGGGCAUGGCAGGGGAAGGAUACUGCAAAAUCUCCAUUCCCUCCCCACUCCUGGGGGAAGGAUACUGCAAAAUCCCCAUUCCCUUCCCACCCGUGGGAGAAGGAUAUUGCAAAAUCUCCAUUCCCUUCCCACUCGUGGGAGAAGGAUAUUGCAAAAUCUCCAUUCCCUCCCCACUCCCGGGGGAAGGAUAUUGCAAAAUCUCCAUUCCAACCCCACUCCAGGGGAAGGAUAUUGCAAAAUCUCCAUUCCCAUCCCACUCUGGGGCCAGCCAGAGGUAGCAUUUGCCGGUUCUCCAAACAGCUCAAAAUUUCCGCUACCGGUACUCCAGAACCUGUCAGAACCUGCUGGAUUUCACCCCUGAUCUAUCUGCAGCCGUAUAGGAAAAAAAUUGCCAUUUGAGACUUUUAGGGGCUCUUCCCAACCUUCUCGGAUCUCCAUCGCUGGUCCAAGAACAUCUGAAGGUCCUUCAGUAUUUCUUUCUGGGCAUUGCAAUCAUUUUUAUUAUUUUAAAUUCUGCGACAAUCAAGUGCGCGUGUUCACCAAAACUGCUUCCCAGCUUCCUCUCUGUGCUGCUUGUUUAACGAAGGGUGGAAACUAAUCAAGGAGAGAAGCAACUUAGAACUAAGGAGAAAUUUCCUGACAGUGAGGACAAUUAACCAGAGGAACGGACUUGUCUCCAGAAGUUGUGGGUGCUUCAUCACUGGAAGCUUUUAAGAAGAGAUUGGACAGCCGAUUGUCAGAAAUGGGGGUCUCCUGCUUGAGCAGAGAGUUGGAUUAGAAGACCUCCAAGUCUCUUCCAACUCUGUUAUUCUGUUCUAUUGUAUUCUCUCUCUCCGGCAUUUGAGAAUUUUAAAAAGCACUGGAGAAGACAAUCUUUUGGAGAAGAAGCAGGUUCUCCCCAUCUUCCACACCUGGAAGAAUUAAAGCACGGGAAUGUUUUCCUGCAAAUCCCACAGAGGCUUGGUGGCAGCGGUCAGGCUGCUGGACACUGGCAUUGUUAACGGUCUGAGGAAAGCGAUUGUCCUUCCCGGACCAGCUCAAUUGUGGGAGAGGUUCCACUUGAUCAGGAAAGACUUCCAAAUUGCUUCGUCUCCCCCAGCACGUCCUUCUCCAGAUAUUUCGCACUUUGGGCCCUGGGGAUCCGUUGGCUCUUGACAGAUUAGAGCAGUGGUUCCCAACCAGUGUGCCGCGGCACUAAGGGGUGCCGUGAGAUCUUUUGAGGGUGCCGGGAACUUUUGAGCUACGGAGAUUUUAAAUAUCUAUUUCCUUAUAAGGGUGCCGGGAACUUUUGAAAGGCUUUCCAAGGGUGCCUCAAACAAGAAAAGGUUGUGCCUCAAACAAGAAAAGGUUGGGAACCACUGGAUUAGAGCCUUAUAACUCAGAACAAAUAAAAUGGCAAAUUAUAGGAUUUGCCUAUAUUGGGGGUUGUUGCCUGACCAUCAACUUCCUGCCCCUAGUCCUGUUUGGAUUUUCAAAGCGAAGCUCUUGAGGGAACGAAUGGAACUUCCAUAAUCAAGAGCAGUCUGCUGCCAACUACACGGUGGGGAUCAACGAUGCGCUUGUGAGGGCCCUGAAGCCAUCGGAUGCUGGGGAUGAUGGAGCUUUAGCUCAAGCCUGUAUGAUGAACUGUGCCUAGCGUUAUUUUGCUUGUCCUGCCAUUGCUUUUGUCUGAAAACCUUGAGUGACUAACUUAUGAUUUUUAAAAACUUUGUAGGGAGACUUUUUCUUUCUUUCUUUCUUUCUUUCUUUCUUUCUUUCUUUCUUUCUUUCUUUUUCUUUCUUUCUUUUCUUUCUUUCUUAUCUCACACACUUCCUUUUUUCUCUUUCUUUCCCUCUUUCCUUCCUUCCUUCUUUCCUUCUUUUUUUGUCUCACAAGCACGCUCUUUUCUUCGUCUCUUUCCCUCUCUCACUCUUUUUCUUUCUCUAACACACUCUUUUCUUUCUUUUUCUAUCUCACAAACUUUCUUUUUCUUUCUUUCCUUUUUUGUCUCACAAACAUGCUCUCUCUUUUCUUCCUCUCUUUUCCUCUCUCACUCUUUUUCUUUCUCUCCCCAACACACUCUUUUCUUUCUUUUUCUCUUUUCGUUUUCUUUCUCAAACUUUCUUCUUUCUUUCUUUCCUUUUUUGUCUCACAAACACGCUUUUUUUCUUUUUCCUUCUAUCUCACAAACUUUCUUUCUUUCUUUCUUUCUUUCUUUCUUUCUUUCUUUCUUUCUUUCUUUCUUUCUUUCUUUCUUUCUUUCCCUCUCUCCUUCCCUCUAUUUCUGGCCCAUCAAGGGGACUUUUCCUGAGGAGCCCCUUUCCCCUUCUCGGCCUUCCUCCAUCACCCAGAAAACCUCUCUCUGCUGCAGCAAUAAACCCUCUUCCUUUUCUUCCUAUGUUGCCUUGGCUUCCAGGAGCCUCCGUGCUGGGAUCCUUGCACCCCUCGUUUAGGCUGUGGGAACCACGACAGCAGAUGCACAGGGGUGCGGUGGGGGGGAGGCUCUUCUCCGCGAACAAAUGAAUGAAUGAAAACUCUAAAGCCAGAUUCCACCAGCACUUGUGGGCAUCUUCUCAGGAAUGAAAGGGGCUUUUAUCCUUCCAGAGCAGGAAUUGAAAAAUAUCAAAGGCAAAGGAGCAAAAAUGCAGCAGGAGAGAACAGGAAAGUUCCCAUCGUUCUUGAAAGGGAGGGAGGGAGGGAAAACCCUCCAAACAUCUGGGGCGUUCAGAUAUGCUUUUCGGUGGGAUUCAUACCCAUCUGAAAUUUGAUAACCCAGGACGAUUUCCCAGCAUCCUCCAAAAACCUGGUUGUUUUCGUGCAAACGUUUCAUUGCCAACCCUUUCUUUAACGACUGUUCAAAGUUAACGAUGGUGCUGAAAAGGUCCCUGGCAACCAGUCCUCGCACUUAUGACCGUUGCGACAUUGCCCACGUCACAUGAUCAAAUUUGGGGCAUGUGGCAACUAUCGGUUGCAGGGUCCCAGGGUCCCCAGUUGACCGUUUGCGAACUUCCCAGCCGAGCCGACGAGCAAACUCAACGAGGGGAAGCUGGAUUCGCAGAACGACCGCAUGAUUCACUUAAGAACGGCCAUGAUUCGCUUAACCACCAUGGCAAACAAAAAAAAAAGGCAUAAAAUCGAAAGUGACUCGUUUUAACAACCAUAUUGCUUAAGCGACAGAAAUUAUGGUCCUAACUUGAGGACUACCUUAAUUUCAAAAUAAAGGCAAGAGGUUUUUUCACUGCUAAUGGCCCAAAUACAUACCCUAAGCAAUCCCAAAAGUGUUUUUUCCAAGAGGGAACCGAAUCAAAUCAAAUCGAACCAAACCUUAAUUGUCAAUGCACAACACGUGUACAAUGAAAUUGAAUGAGCCUCCCUUGGUGAAGCUGGGCUUUCUUUGGUUUUCCAUGAAGACGUUUCGCCUCUCAUCCAAGAAGCUUCUUCCGUUCCGACCGUCAGAGCUUCAGUCAGCACGGAAGAAGCUUCCUGGAUGGGAAGUGAAACGUCUUCAAGGAAAAACAAAGGAAGUCCAGUUGCCUGUUGAAAAAGCACCUUUGGGACAACCAGGACCUGGAUGACUGAGAAUCUCCAUAAUUUCCCACCCCACCCCCAAGCAAUGCUCCCUGGGCGCCUCCGGAUAUAUUGAGAUCACAAUUUGCAGUGAUCCGGCAACUGGGAAGUUGAAAAACUGCAAUCUCGACACAUCUACAAGUUGCAGAAAACUGGUCUGAUCACAUUGACAAGUAGCAGAAAACCGGUCUGAUCUAUUGAUGAAGAUACUGUUCCCUUCGCAGCUCCAUUCUCCAGGAGUUUAAAGACUUCUUUGUUGGUGCUAUGAUUUCAGUUGGCCAUUCAUUGCUCCUACCCCAAACUCAGGCAAGAAUACAAAUUUCUCUCUUUUUCUCUCUCUUUCUCUCUCUCUUUCAUUUCCGCUGUUAUUUUCGGAAAGGUGGGUGGGGAUAUCUUCCCUCAAAUCUUAACAGCUCGAUGCCUGAUGAUGGUAUUUCCUCACUAGUUGCAAAUGUUUAGGAAUAAACAAUAGCCAAUU